UGGCGUAAGGACGCGCGACGAUUUCACCCGACACCCACGCUCGGAAAAUUUCGCUCACGAGUUUCUUCUUGACGAAUUAUUUUUGUAAAGAUGUUGGUUAAGUGAUAACAGUCUUCUUUUCAAAUUUUCUCUUGUAAUGAAAUUUAACAAAAAAAAAAAUUUCUGAAAAUUUUGAAAAACAACGAAGUGACUUUAUACAUUUUCCAGAAUGAAAAUGUGGUGGUUAAGCUGUUUGGGAUUAUUGUUGACUGUUAGUGCUAAGAGGGAAGAGUAUGAUAAAAUAGGUUAUUUUUGGCAAAUAACGGACAUCCAUUAUGACGAAUACCAUUCUACCUUGCACGGCGGCCAUAAGAAAGGCUCUGGGUGCUUAAAACAAGAGAGCAUCUCAAGCAACCGCGAUGGCAAUAAGGCCCAAAGAAGCAGAUCACAAUAUAAUGAUCUUUUUGGAAGAUUUGGAGAAUACAACUGCGAUUCCUCUUGGGAACUUAUAGAAUCCGCAGCAAAAUUUAUGAAGUCCAAACAGAGUGAUAAUGUGGAAUUCGUACUAUGGACAGGGGAUGGGCUUUCCCACUUCGCCACCCAUCACAUCUCAACGAACCGUCAAAUGGAAAUCAUACAAGGCCUAACGGACUUAUUAGGAAAAACGUUUCCAGCCCAAUUUGUUUUUCCCGCCCUGGGACACGACGAUCCCGUUUUUCGGAAACAUUUGGGUAGAAUGUGGUCCAGAUGGCUACCGACCGAUUCCAUGAAAACUUUCGAUACAGGGGGUUACUAUAUCAUCGAACGAAAACAGCUGAAGCUGCAAAUAGUAGUCUUGAACACGAAUUUAAUGAAAAAAAGUGAAGUGGACGAGGAAGCCUUGAAGCAAUGGAAGUGGCUUGAAAAAUGGCUUCAAAAGUUUAAAAGAUCUAAAGAGACGGCAUAUUUGGUGGGUCAUGUCCCACCAGGUUGGGACGAAAGACAAAAAGGUCUCUAUCAUCCAUCCCAUGGAGCAUACAGUGAAUACCAUAACAGAAUAUACAUCGAACUGAUUAGAAACUAUUCGGACAUUAUCGUGGGACAGUUUUAUGGACAUUUACAUUCUGAUACUUUUAGGGUAUUUUAUGAUAAAGGAGGGAGACCGAUUUCUUGGGCCUUAAUUGCCCCAUCUGUAACCCCAAAAAGAAAUCAUAUUGGGCCUAAUAAUCCGGGCUUGAGGCUAUACAAGUUCGACAAAGAUACUGGACAGAUUUUUGACUAUACUCAGUACUACCUGGACCUCUCUCAAGCCAACAAACACUUCUCGGCCGACUGGACAGUCGAAUAUAACUUCACAACUUACUACGAAGUCAAUCAAAUAAACGCCCUCAAUUUACAUAAUUUAGCCAAAAAAUUCGUCAACGGAGACCCAGAUGGAAAUAUUUUAUUUGAAAAAUAUUACAAGGCAAACACGGUUAAGGUUAUUUCACAUCCUAAAGACAUGUACGACUUAGGGUGCAUUCACAACCACUUUUGCGCCAUCACACAGGUGGAUUUUAUUGGUUUUGAGGAAUGUUUGAUAAGGACUUCGAUGAUCAGGUCACAGGGUAAACAAUUAAGUAUAUCGCUUUUAGUGUUAAAUUUUUUGUUAAUAUGGAAUAUUAGGGUUUUAUAUGUUUAAGAUAUUGUUACAAUAUAUAUCUAUGUAUAUAAAUGGAUAUUUGUUCUAUGUAAGGUGGAGAAACGCGUUAAAAGUGUAUAGCUUUGGAAUUAUAUAGUAUUUUUUAAUUAUAUUUACUAUAUUCCAAUUGUAUGCAUUUUUAAAUGUAUAUACAGGGUGUUAAAUUUGUUAUCUGGCAUUUGAAAAAGUUUAAAUUUAUACGUCCAAUACGAAAGUGUUGUAGAAACUGAAAAAUAGCACUAAUGGGUAAAACUUCUUUUAGCUGAAAAUAUCUUUGUCUCAAUAAAUUAUAUAUGGAAUUGUUGCUCAAAAAUCGCUUUACUUUUAAAUAAAUACAUCGGAAAAUCAGAUUAACAGAAUGUAAUAUUCAAGGCGAUCGAAAGCUUUCGAGAUAUCGAGAAAACCAUAUAAAAGGUGUUUCAAAAAGCCAAAUUUUAGUGUUCAAUAAAACGUGGUUUGCCGUAGCAAAGUAUUAACAUACAUAAAAAAUUAAUACACUCAUAGAAAAAUGAUACGACCAGGAGCAAACUCGUGAAAGAUUGUUAAUGUUUUUAAUAAAACCACAUUUCACAAAGAUCAGUAGCUUCUAAAUAAGGCACAAGAAACUGUGUAGCACGAUAAAGUUCGAGAUUCUCCAUUACUGCAUUACCUUCUUUGUUUUUGAAGAAAAAUGAUUAACAUAUUUCGCCAAACCAUAAUGUUUACCACAUAAGUAAUCCGUUGUUGUUGCAUUGCUUUCUGAUGAAACAUUCGUGGAUUUUCUAAGCCCCAAAUACGAAAGUUUUGCCUGUUAAUAAAACCUUUGAGGUGAAGAUGAGCCUCAUCACUAAAAAUAAUUUUGUUUGUAAAAUUAACAGGUUGCUCAAGGAUCCAACUAGUGAAUUAUCUUUGCUGUUUAUGGUCAGUAAGAGUACAGCUGUAAAUUUUUAUUUAAGCUGUAAAGCUGUAAAUUUUUAUAUAAGUUUACCUAAGAGUGUCUGUUGAAAGGUCCAAUUCUUAUAUCUGACGACGAAUUGACGUCUCUGGCCUUUCUAACAUACAUCACUACCCGAACCAGUACUUUUUAAUUUUUUGGUAAUUUUUUUCACAGUAGAUGAAUAAUGAACAUUAUUUUGACCGAACAUUGGAUAUACCUUACGAAUAGUGGCAAUUAAACUUUUGCCAUUUUGAUAUUAAUUUUUUACAAUCAGGACUCGUUGUAAUGCUCCAUGUUUACUUAUUCUCAUCUAUUAACUUUGAUCUUUCACGUCACUAGCAUGUGACAUUAUGACUAUUUAACAUGGCGCGAAAUUUAAAUCUUGAGUUCUUAAUGAAACACCUUUUAUCACAUUAAUUUUUAAAUUAUUAUUCAUAAAUUUAUACCGGGUGGUGCACCACCAAGUUGACCGUAGGAGAUCCCAUAUAGAUUAUGAUACUUUAAAAUAUUGGCUUCCCUGUAUAUUCUACAGAAAAACUGUAAAUUAGACGUUUUAAAAGGUGCAAGUAAGAUAAGCCACCAUACCAAAUUUCAGUACUUUUUAUUAAGUGAUUUUAUAAAUAAAUGCAAUUACUUACAAGCAAUAAACAAGAAAACAAUCAAAAAAGUAUUCAAAAUAAAUAUAACAAAUUUUUUUGUACCAAUACAGUAAUUAAAGUAAUAAAUUAAUUCAACUUUUUUUAAUGCUGGUUCAGUUUGAUUUUGCAAGAGUUCCAAAUAUGGCAAAAAUGGAUCUCCUCCCAAAGAUUUUUCCAAAAAAAAAAGGUCCAUUAAUUUUAUGAUCAAAAAUACCAAUCCAAACAAUUACCUUCUGAGGGUACUGGGUCCUUAUCUGUGUUCAUUUUCUUUAUUCCUCUAUUUAAGGUAAAGGUGCAUUUGUCCAUAAAAUAAACAUUUCAUAAAAAAUCCAUUUAUUCAUCCUUUCCAUAACUUCAAAAUAGAAAUCUGCUCAGAGUUCAUCGCCGUGAUGUUUUUGAUAUUAAAAGUAAUAGAAUUUAUAUUUUUUUAGUCUGCGCAAUACUGUACUAUGGUCUUUCCCUUCUUUAAGAAUUCUGCUGCUAAUUCCUUAAUUUUCUUCGACAUAAGAUAACAUUUUAAAAUCUAAACUAUUUUCUCCAGUUCUGCUAUCAUUAUUGUUUUGCUCUAAGCAUUUGCAUUUACCAAUUACUGUACCCUAAGUCUCAAAGUUAUUAACAAUAUUCUGCACUGUUUUACUUGGAAAAUGCUUCCCAGGGAAAUUCACAGAGUAUAUUUCGAAAACUAUUCCCUAUUUAGUAUCAUUCAAACAUCGUUAUUUUCUCUUAAUUAGUGUAAUAAGUAUUUAUACUGACCACUAAAUAAAUAACUUUGUGAUAACAUUUGGAUAAUUUGGCUGGUGGUAGUUUUUUAAAUAAAUUCUAAAUCGCUUAUUACAAAGUAAUGAAAUUUGGUAUGGUAGCGUAUCUUACUUACACCUUUAAAAAAGCUUAAUACGAUUUUUUUGUAAACUGUACAGAAGAGCCAAUAUUUGAAAGAUGCACUAUUCGAUAUAUAAUAUAUGUUAUUGUAAUAAGAUUAUAGGUGCAUUUUCAUGAAAGUCUAAUGAAAAAUUCAAGAAAUUUUAAUUGAUGAUGAUCACUUAAAGAGGAAACGUUGUACAAGAAAUUUGACAAGUCUUGCCUUCAAGGUGACAAUGACGGUAUUAAGCAUUUUUAGAUAAAUGAACGCUUUUGCAAAAUUUUUAUGAAAAUUUUAUAUUUUUUUCUUUAUUUUAAUUUAGUUUUUGAAACUCUUACGGUAUGCGGUGAUUUUCACAUUUUACUAGAAUAUUUUAACAUCCUGUAUUUGGUAAUAAAGGUGAGUAAGUCAUAUUAAGAACCAAAAAUUUUAAAAACUAUUAUAGACUGGUUUUCAGUAAGUUUUAUAUAAUAUUUAUGUAAAUAUGUGUAUAUUAUCUCAAAAUAAAGGCUUAAAUUAUA